GCCGGUCGGAGCCUCUGUUGUCUCUCCAUCCUGAACUUCCUGUGUGUGGGGGGGACUGAGGAUCUGCUACAACAAUCAGGUGGACGCCAUGCCGAAAUGCAUCUUCAGAUCCUGCCCGCACUUCCUGGGAAAGAACUGCUUCUCCCCGGGAAUAACGCUGCACGUCUUCCCCCGAGACCUCGGCCGGAUCAAGCUUUGGCUGCAGCGGACCGGUCAGUACUAUGACGACGUUGAUGACAUUGCCGAGACCAUUUUGUCUUCGAAGGCCGGUUCUUACCGCAUGUGCUCCGCCCACUUCGUUCCCGAAUGUUACACGUCUCAGGGGACCAAAGAGGUCCUCAAGCCAGACGCCGUGCCCACGGUUUUCCCCGGGAACGUGGUGGAAGUCGCCAUAAAGCACGUUCCUCAGAAGAAGAAGCAGCGCCUGGAAGAGAGGGAGGCCAGGAGAAGGGCCCGCUGGACCCAGGUGGACGCCGGCACCUCCACCGUACACAUCAUACAGACAGAGAUGGGCACGCAGACUGACCUCACCACGGUGACCAUCCAGCCUUGCUCCCUCAGUGUUCCUCGCGGGAAUACCAUCGACAGGGGCGUCCAGUGGCCUGAAUACGAGUUCAAUUUUUAUGGGGAGGACUGGAAGGUGCAGCUGGACCACAUGUAUUUUAACAGCAGAUUUAAAUGCAUCCAGGAGCUACCAAACAUGGACCAGGAAGAGAUCAUGAAGGACCGUCAUCAAGCCCCUUCCACCGCACAGCCACAUGGCUCCUCCCAGGAGGAGGAGCGCGUUACCCGACAGGAGCCUCGCAAGGCGGAGUCUGAAACUGGCACCUCCCCCGAGACGCCGGAAGGAUACUUCUUCUCCAAAUGUUCCUUGAGGAACAAGAAAACAUUAUGUAUCCUUCAGGCCAAACUGGUGGACGCCAUGCCGAAAUGCAUCUUCAGAUCCUGCCCGCACUUCCUGGGAAAGAACUGCUUCUCCCCGGGAAUAACGCUGCACGUCUUCCCCCGAGACCUCGGCCGGAUCAAGCUUUGGCUGCAGCGGACCGGUCAGUACUAUGACGACGUUGAUGACAUUGCCGAGACCAUUUUGUCUUCGAAGGCCGGUUCUUACCGCAUGUGCUCCGCCCACUUCGUUCCCGAAUGUUACACGUCUCAGGGGACCAAAGAGGUCCUCAAGCCAGACGCCGUGCCCACGGUUUUCCCCGGGAACGUGGUGGAAGUCGCCAUAAAGCACGUUCCUCAGAAGAAGAAGCAGCGCCUGGAAGAGAGGGAGGCCAGGAGAAGGGCCCGCUGGACCCAGGUGGACGCCGGCACCUCCACCGUACACAUCAUACAGACAGAGAUGGGCACGCAGACUGACCUCACCACGGUGACCAUCCAGCCUUGCUCCCUCAGUGUUCCUCGCGGGAAUACCAUCGACAGGGGCGUCCAGUGGCCUGAAUACGAGUUCAAUUUUUAUGGGGAGGACUGGAAGGUGCAGCUGGACCACAUGUAUUUUAACAGCAGAUUUAAAUGCAUCCAGGAGCUACCAAACAUGGACCAGGAAGAGAUCAUGAAGGACCGUCAUCAAGCCCCUUCCACCGCACAGCCACAUGGCUCCUCCCAGGAGGAGGAGCGCGUUACCCGACAGGAGCCUCGCAAGGCGGAGUCUGAAACUGGCACCUCCCCCGAGACGCCGGAAGGAUACUUCUUCUCCAAAUGUUCCUUGAGGAACAAGAAAACAUUAUGUAUCCUUCAGGCCAAACUGGUGGCGCUCCUGAGACACAUGACUGAAGCACCACACAUGGGCAGUUACAAGAGGCAGCGGACCAGGAAACUGCUGAGUCAGAUUGUGGAGAUCGUGUGUCUUGUGGCUGGAGAGGAUUUGAAGCUGGUGAAGAAGAAUGAAGAUCUCAGCAAGUUUUAUCAGAAGGAAGGAGAGAUUCCGGUUCGCUAUCAGGAUGUGGCCGUGUUCUUCACCAGAGACGAAUGGAAUUACAUAGAGGAGAACGAAGAGCUUUACAAGAAGGAAAUCCUCAGUGACCCCAAUGAAUCUAAGGAGGACCAAGUGGAGGACUUCAUAGAUGAUUUCGAGGAAGGAGCGGAGAUAACAGACGAUCAUUUCUUUAAGCUUCUGGAAGUGAACACACAAGGUCACAGUCCAGGAGCGGCACCAGUGGGUAGGAAACGGAAAAAGAUGAUCCUGCCAACCAUGCCGGGCAUUGCAGAGGACGCUGCUGGAGGGCGAGAACACGGGGCCACGGACUGGGAUUACAGCCCAACCUGCAAAUCUGAAUAUUUCUCAGGUGAGACAAAGUAG